AUGGUUUCAGAGCGUGUAUACUUUUGGACAAGCGACGGCGCUCAAGGAGCACUGGGAAACUUCGUCUCCCCAUCAAGUCAUUUCACAGUCCCUGAAAUCUUGCGGCUUGUUCGCCAAUCUAUUCCGAAGAAACAAGUCCUACUUCCAACCAAUCAACCACACGGCAACGCAUGGAAAGUUUGGGGUUCUCUUUGGGUUAUAGGCAAUCUUCACAUCACUACCCUUGGUCAUGAUUAUGCGAGCUAUGAACAUAACCAGAUGACCGUCUCGCACGUCAUCACAGAGUUCUCAUUCGGGCCCUUUUCCCCCGAAACUACCCUACCAUUGGACAACUCUUUCGAAAUUACACACGAAUGCAUCUUCUCCCAAUUCGACCUAGACCCACUCGCUACUACACAACACCAAGGAACCACGACCUUCCUCCCACUCCUCCUCUGCUGUGUCGGUGUCAUCGGGGGAGUAUUCGUUCUCAUGGGGUACGCCAUCCGAAUAACCACACGCGGAGUAGGGGUGUUGAGCAGCGCAGACCAAACGCCAGGGAUCGUCGCCGCCCAGCGUCCGGAGCUAAAGUCGCAGAUCGAAAUGGGCCGGGGGCGAACUCUGGGCUUCGACCCAUGA